AGAUUAAUUGCUGCUAUAAAAUGGGGGAAAUAGUAAAUUUACAUCUACCAAAACAAGGGAUAGAGUACUGUCUAAAAUAUGGGUUAAAUCCCAAAUUGUCCAAUCUUUAGUGAUCCAGUUCCAAUUUAGGAUAUUGAACUUUUACAUAUUAAUUUGCACAAAUAUGUAAAAGUGCACUUUCUAGUGACAGAUUUUUCAACCAUUGUAUGAUGCUUCCCUAUUAUCAAUAGCCUUUUCAACAUGGUAGGCACCUGAUAGUUGUCAAGGUCGUACACUCAUAAUUGCCCAUAAUCAUUCAGGUUUACACUUUACACAAAAGCACCAACCUGUUUAGUUUUGCUUUUAUCUUUUUGCAUUAUAUCUUUGGUGGCAUAUCUCUCACUCAUUGACAAAAAUAAUAUACCUAUCUAUUCAAUAGAUUAUGAUCAAAAUUUCUGCAUAUAUUACUCUUCCACAUUAGAUUUUGGUGUCAAAUAAAUUAUAUCACUUGUUCAUUUCUUAGACAUGAUGUCUGAUUCCAAAUCUCAUGCUGAAAUUCCAAUUUUAGACAUGUCAAAAACAUUAGAUUCAUCUUCAUUAUCCUCUCUCAUUAAAGCAAGCAAAGUUUGGGGAUUCUUCCACAUAAUCAACCAUGGAAUUUCCAAAGAACUUUGCAGUCAACUUCAUUCAAUAUCAAAAUACCUAUUCAGCCUCCCUUCUGAAACUAAACUUCGAGUUGGUCCAUUUUCAUCUUUAAAAUCUUAUACUCCUCAUUUCAUUGCCUCUCCAUUCUUUGAGAGCCUAAGAGUUAAUGGACCUAACUUUUAUGUUUCUGCCAAGAGUUCUUCAGAAAUCCUCUUUGACAAACAGGAUUCCAAAUUCAGUGUGAUACUACAAGAAUAUGGAAAUAAGAUGGAGGAGUUGUCUAAGAAAAUUCUCAGGCUUGUAUUGAUGAGUUUAGGGGAAGGUAUUGAGAAAAAGUUUUAUGAUUCUGAGUUUAAGAACUGUCAUGGAUACUUAAGGAUAAACAAUUACUCUUGUCAAGAAAUAAUGGAAAAUGAUAAAGUUGAAGGGCUUGGAAUGCACACUGACAUGAGUUGUAUUACUAUUUUGUAUCAAGAUGAAAUUGGAGGGCUUCAAGUAAGAUCAAAUGAAGGAAAAUGGAUAGAUAUAUGUCCAAAUGAGGGAACACUAGUUGUGAACAUUGGAGAUAUGCUUCAAGCAUGGAGUAAUGAUAAAUUAAGAUCUUCAGAACAUAGAGUUGUUUUGAAGCAUAUUGUUGACAGAUUUUCACUAGCAUUCUUUUGGUGUUUUGAGGAUGAAAAAGUAAUUUUGGCACCUGAUGAAGUUGUUGGAGAUGGAAAUAAGAGGAAGUAUAAACCAUUUGUGUGUUUGGAUUAUUUGAAAUUUAGAGAGAAUAAUGAAAGAGGAAGGUUUGAAAAAGUUGGUUUCACUGUUAAAGAUUUUGCUGGGAUUAAUAAGGCUCACUUAUAAAUGGUUGCGUAAGUGAAAAUCUGUUCAUUCAUUAUCCCAAUGAAUCAUACAUAUAAUAAUAUAAUAUAUGUUUGUUGCAUAAUAUAACUUGCAUUUAUGUUGCUUCCAAGUUGUUAAGUAUAUAUAAAAUAAAUAGGAAGAAAUGUCUUUUUUGUCUUCGCUCUUGGACCGGCUGUGAGUUUGACAGAAUCACGAUGACUUUGACAAAAACUACUCUUUAGAGCUUCAAUAAAAUUAAAAUUCCACGAUGAUUUCGUCAAAUUCACCUCCAAACAUGUAUAUGUGUUUGUUUUUCGCAAUGUUCUCAUUGUGUAAAUGUUUAAGAAAAAAGAAGUGUGAGACUUUGUUGAGUUAGGAGAAACCUGAUAAGGUAUUGUAUGAAAAUUUGAUGUUUCCUAUUCAUAUUGCUUGCUUGAUGCACAUAGCAUUUAUUGAGUAUAUUAAAUUUGUAAUCACAGCUAGAACUGUGACAGGUUGUUAAGAUAGUUAUAUCUACACCAUUUUUUAUUCCAUUUUGGACUAUGCAAA